AUGGAUGAUAGAAUCAGCAGUUUUCCAGAUGAAAUCCUUUCUUACAUUGUAUCUUUUCUUCCAACCAAACAAGCCGUGGCAAGCAGUGUUCUCUCUAAGCGCUGGAUAUUUCUGUGGCGUUCAGUUUCCUCAUUUGAUUUCUGCAGCAGAGAUUUUGAUUUUGACACAGACAAAGGGGCAUCUCACUUUAUACGUUCGAUGGAGUCUUUCUUGGAUCGUCGUGAUAGAGACCAACCUCUCCACAAAUUUUGCCUUAGAUUUCCUUCUAGUCAUUUCGAUGCGAGUGAUAAUGGUAGACUUCAACGCUUCAGCCUCUAUCUGGAUAAGCACUGUCCCAUCCCCUUGUUAAAGUUUUGUAAAACUCUUGUAGUUCUGAAAUUGACUAACCUUUCACUGGAAGAUAAUUUCUCGGUUGAUUUGCCGUUGCUUAAAAUUUUGCAUUUGAAUGAUGUUGAUUUACCAGAAUAUGUAGAUCUUGUUUUUGGGUGUCCUGAUCUUGAGGACUUGGAACUCAAUUUUAUGCAAUGUGAAAUUAAAGGAAAGAUUAACAUGUUCCCCAAGUUGGUUAGAGUAAGCAUCAACGAUGAUUAUUGCCCAUUGGAAAUAUUUAAGAAUGUUCAAGUUUUGACAUUCGAUUUGUGGUUUCAAUCAAACCUGGACCUGGGUUUUGACUUUCACAAUUUAGUUCAACUUGAAAUGGAUUUGCAUCUGAGCGAUGAUUGGCUUCGGGUCUGUGAAGUUCUCAAACAUCCUCCCAAACUUCAAAGUCUUGUCAUUUGCAUUCAUCAGGUUUGA